UGAAUCGUAUUCAAAAUUAGAUUAUAUAGAUAAUUGAGUUUUUCAGCAAAAAAAAAAUAAAACAAUUUUCUGAAUUAAGUUAGCAAAGUAUUUUUUUGAAUUGCGUUAGAAUAAUUUGAAAAAGGAAAACAUUUAAUUAAGAACAUAAUGAAAAACAUUAUUCUUUCAUUUCAUUCUUCGUUACAAUUAAAAACAUUAAAGAUAAAUGAUUAUUUAAAUAAAAAUAUGUUGAACAUUGCAGAAAUGACCGAAGGUUGUCCAGAAAAUUUGUCAAUCAGAUGUAAGUUUGUUAAAGUUGCUGAUGCAUUUUUAGUUUUAACAAGUCCCAGUUAUCAAAAAUCAGUUCCCUGCAUGGAAUUAAUAAACUACGCUAAAGAUGUCAAAAAACCUAUUUAUGCAUUGAAUAUUUUUGAUAAUUACACACCAUUUGGUGGGCUAGGCGCGAUUUCAGCUGGGUCUAGCUUAGGCCUUAUUAAUAUCAAGGAAGAGAAUGUUUUUUAUGGCUUAGAUAAGAUAAUCCUGGACCUAAAUAAAAAUGAACCAUCCUUUUUAGAAAUGGUACAAAAUGAAUCAACCAAAAAAAUCAUUCAAAAUCCAUUUGAAUUUAGCAAUGAAUUAUAUCCAGUCAUAAAUCUAAAUUAUCUUGAAAAUAAUUCAAACAUAUUAGUUUCGUUUAAUUCAAUUAAAUGUCAAGAAAUUUUAAACAUCAUUCAAGAUGAGUUAGCACUUAGAAAUAUAAGCUAUGUAACUGAGGAUUCUUCGACAUAUGAAUCAAGUGUCAAAACAGUAAGAGUUGUAUUAGUUUUAAUGACUGAGGAAUAUGAGAAGAGUUAUAAUUCAAAAGCUAUUGUUGAAGCAGCAAGAUCGUUUAAUAAACCAAUUAUUCCAAUAUGCACAACUACAACAUGGAAGCCAGAAGACUGGCUCGGUCUAAUUAUAGCUGGUAAGUUAUUUUAUAGUAUAUUCAAUAAAGAGCAAGCUUAUACAAGUAAAAAUUAUUCAACACCUAUGAAUGAGCUAAUGAAGGCUAUUCUGGUUGCAAACGAACCACUUUUAUCUCAAAGUGAAAAAGAAAAAGUUACAAUUGAGUCACUGCAAUUACAAAUAGAACAAUGCAAAAUAAAACUGGGAAAAUGGCCUCCAUCAAAACAUAAACCAAGAGAAAUCAUUGAAAAAAAACCUAUUUAUGUUAAAUUAUCUGAACCCUGUUCAACCAAGCAGUAUACUUUUAUUCAUUACGAAGUUAUGGAAUCAUCAUUUGUGCCACCAAAGCAACUUUUUGAUAAACACGGCAUUCCAAUUAAGCAAAAUUUUGACUGUAUGAUAUCUUAUCAAUGGAAUUUUCAAGAAUUAGUAAGAGCAGUAUAUUGUAAUUUGUAUAUGGCAAAUAUAUCUAUUUGGUUUGAUAUAUCAGGAGGAAUGAUAGGAAACCUAAAUGAUGCCAUGGCAACUGCUAUACAAUCAUCUAAAGUAGUUAUUGUCUUUUUAUCAGAUAGUUAUCAAAAAUCAGUUAAUUGUAAGCUAGAGUUUUGUUAUGCCGUUGCAUUAGGCAAGGCAUUUAUUUUUGUUUUAGUUGACCAAAAUAUAAAAGUUGUUGACUGGAUAGAACCCUAUUUUAAUGCAAGUCCUAAAUUUGAUUUAAAAGAUACAAAUGAAAUGGGUAUUUUACAUAAUGGAGUACCUAGAAUAUUUUGCUUACAACAUGCUAUUAGAGAAUUGGGUAAUGCUCAGCCAGAUUUUGAUGAUUAUGAGCUAACUGAAGAGAUUUCAGACCUGAAAGCUUUACUAAAUGAUGCUCUUGAUGAAAUUGCUGAAAUUAAAAAGUUAGAAAGAUUCCAAAAAUGUACAAGAUGUAAUAAAAGCUAUGAUGAUACAUGUUUAACUGGGUGUAAAAAACAUUCAGCUUAUUAUGUAGGAGGUACAAUUAUAGAAGGAAGAUGGGUCUGUUGUAAUCAACAAAGUAAGGAAGCUUUUGGUUGUUGUGAUGUUGAUCAUAUUUCUGUUAAUAGAAAAUGGAUUCUAGAUAAUGAUUAUGGUGUGUAUUAUUAUGAUACCGAUUAUUUAAAAUAGACAUAUAAUAGUGUCAUGUUAUGGUGCAUAAAAUGUAUUGGUAUAAAUCGUAGGCGACAUUUAGUGAUGUGAAGUGUUGUACGAUUGCACAAUAGUUGUACAAAAUAUUGGUAGUGGGUCCAGGUGAAAGUGCCAUUAUUAGAUUAUUAAAAAAUGUUUUAUGUAAUACUAUUAUAUCAUAUUGUACUUGUUCUAACUAAACAUAUUUUUUUUAGUUUUUUACAUAAACUUAAAACUACUUUCGAUUACUUAUUUAAAUUUAAAUUAAACAAAAUCGAGUUAAAAGUAAGUUACAUUUUAAAAAAGAGUUUUAAUUUAGUUUAAAAAAAGUUUCAUUCAACUAUUGUAUUUUCAAUAUUUUUAUUAUUUCAGUAAUUUUAAUAGUUAGUUAAUAUUAGUUGUUACUCAUGACGUAACAUAAAAAAAAUGUGUUAAAAUUUGAAUUUUGUAAAUUUUGUAAAAAAAUGUGUAAUUAAUUUGUAUUUUGUAAUGCUUAUUUAUAAACAUGGAGUUGCAUUAUGUGUUGUGUUUAAAAAUUAUGAAUAUAUAGGUA